AUGGCCGACGAGAACGGAUCUGAUAUGAGUGAAGCUCAGAAGACGAUUGAGCGAUUCAAAGUCAAGAAACUUAUUCAGAUGCUAGAAUCUGCACGUGGGAUGGGUACCAGUGUGAUUAGUAUUUAUAUGACCCCAAAGGAACAAGUUUCCGGCAUGGUCACGAAGCUCAACAACGAGCACGGCACUGCCACCAACAUAAAGUCGCAUACCAAUAGACUGAGCGUCCAGAACGCGAUUACCACCGCGCUUGGUCGACUCAAGCAGUUCAACCGGGUUCCUCCGAACGGUCUGCUUUUGUACUCCGGUACCGUACUCAUGUCCGACAACAAGGAGAGGCGGCUCACUUUGGACAUUGAACCCUUCAAACCCGUCAGCCGCUCUCUCUACCUGUGCGACAAUAAAUUCCACACCGAAGAGCUCCACCGCAUGCUCGAGUCCGACGAUAAGUUCGGCUUUAUCGUGAUGGACGGCAGCGGCACCCUGUACGCGACGCUGUGUGGAGAUAUGAAAGAGAAGCUAGGCUCUUUCACCGUGGAGCUGCCGAAGAAGCACGGUCGAGGGGGGCAGAGUAAGAAUCGAUUCGCACGUAUUCGCGAGGAGAGGCGGCACAAUUACGUGCGCAAGGUUGCAGAAAACGCCGUGAGCUACUUUAUCACGAACGACCGCCCGAAUGUACGCGGUCUCGUACUUGCCGGCUCUGCGGACUUCAAGGAGGUGCUCUAUCAGUCUGAUCUAUUUGAUCCACGCCUAAAGGAGGUAGUCCUGAAGAUCGUCGACGUUGCACACCCCGGGGAUGUUGGGUUCAAUCAAGCGAUCGAACUCGCCGCGGAUGCCCUCUCCAGUGUUAAGCUUGUGCAGGAGAAGAAGCUUCUCCAGGGCUUCUUUGAUCAGAUUGCGCGCGACACCCAACAGUAUUGCUUCGGUGUCAACGAUACCAUGCGUUGUCUGGAAGCGGGUGCUGUGGAGACGCUCAUUUGCUACGAGAAUCUUGAAAUGAAUCGCUUUGUGGUCACCAAGAACAAGGGAUCAGACAACGAAGAGGUGGAGGUGCAUCUGCUCACUCAAAAAGAAGCUAAUGAGAAAAACAUUCACGCUCACGAGGCGGGAAAGACGCAGAACGAAAUCUCAAGCGAAGACUUUGUCGAAUGGCUGACGCUGAACUACCAAAAGUUUGGAUGUACCUUAGAGUUAAUCAGUAACCGUAGUCAAGAAGGUACACAAUUCGUUCGAGGUUUCGGUGGAAUCGGUGCCGUGCUUCGGUAUAAAAUUGAUGUAAUGGCACUCCGAGAUCAUGAAAAAAAGGUAGAGGAAGAAAAUGAAAAGACUGGUGUGAAUGAAGACUUCGAUUUCGAUGACGAUUUUAUGUAA